UUAAACAUUUGGCCACCCCAAUAUACGUACAUUAGUAUCCCACGCAGACAGAACGAACAGAGCUCAGAACCGAUUGAUUGGCCGGCCUAUAUAACAACAACCGUUCUCAAUGUCCCUGCAGUCUUGUCCAUCGAUCACUACUGAUCAGCUCACUCUCCCAUAAUCUGGGCGUCGUGCGAUACACCAGCCUCGUCCAAUGGCCGGCACACUGCGCGUCCUGUUUCUGGCCGUUCUCCUCGUCGCCGUCGUGCCGGCGUCCGCGAAAGACUACACGGUGGGCGACUCGUCAGGGUGGAAGCCCGGGGUGGACUACACUGCCUGGGCCAAAGGCAAGACGUUUAACGUCGGCGACACUCUCUCGUUCCAGUACAACGCGGCGCACUCGGUGGUGGAGGUGAGCGAGGCGGGCCACGGCACCUGCUCGGCGAGCAACCCGCUGCGGUCGUACAGCGACGAGAGCACCACCAUCCCGCUCACCAAGCCGGGCACCCGCUACUUCAUCUGCGGCGCCAGCGGCCACUGCGCCUCGGGCAUGAAGCUCGCCGUCACCGUAUCCGGCGGCGGCGCCCCCGCGGCGUCGGGUCCCACCGUGCGGUCGAACACGACGCCGGCGGACGCGACGACAGCCGAUUCCGAGUCCUCGUCCAAGUCGAACUCGAACGCGAGCGCGGCAGCCGGCGGCGGGGCCCACCUUGCGACGGGCCUGUUGUUCGGGGCUGUGGGCCUUGCUGCCCUGAUGGGCUGAUGGCCGCCAGGGAAAGGCAGUGCUGCUUCAUGUUUCGUCUCGAUAUCUUCGUGUGCUUCCGUGAACCGAGUUGCAGUCUUGCAGAUACGGAGUUUUUUUAUUUUUUUAUUUUUUAUCAUUAAUAUUCAAAUAAAUAGACUCUCGAUGAUAAUAUUUGGAUAAA